AUAAAUUAAAUCUGCUACAAUGUAUUGCAUCAGAUCUGAAGAUAAUUCAUUCUCAUGAUCUUAUUCAUCGGGAUUUACAUAGUGGAAAUAUACUACUAAAUAGCUUAAAAAGUGCUUACAUUGCUGAUUUAGGACUUUCAAUAACUGCUAAUAUUGCAUUAAAAUCAAAUCCUGAUGGUGUUUCUGAUGGAGUUUUUGGAAUCUUACCGUAUAUUUCUCCUGAAGUUUUGAACAACCAAUCAUAUACUAAAGCAUCUGAUAUUUAUUCAUUUGGUAUAAUCAUGUGGGAAAUUUUAUAUGGAAAAUCUGUAUCUUACAAUCAAAAACUUGCCAUGCCACAAUUUUGUUUUUCUGUGUGUUGUUAUGAUUUAAGACCCGUUGUUAAUAAAGAAGCUCCACAAUGUUACGUAAAACUUAUGAGAAAAUGUUGGGAUAAAUAUCCUGAGAAACGUCCAUCGGCAGAGGAUCUUUGUGAAAUUUUUGAGAAAUGGCAAAGUGAUGAAAGUGUUUUGUUAGAACUGGAUAAGUCCAAAACAGUACUUGAGAAUAUCGAAGAUUCGUACUAUGAGAAUAUGUUCAAAGGUGGAAGCAAGUUCAUCAACACGUGUGAAAUUACAGAAAAGUUAUCUGAAAUGACUUUACUCAGCAAGAAGAUUGAAUUUCUAGAUGUUCCUGAUGAUUCUUGA